AUGUUAUAGUUCUUGAUAAAAUUUGGAGAGGUAACAGAUAUAAUGUCUGGAGAAAGUGAUAGGUUCUCUCUGACUGCUGAGCAAUAUUUAGCAAAGUUCCAUGUUUUAACAUAUCUUCAGGAUGCAGUGGCUCAAUUAUUGGAGCAUAAAGAAGAAAAUCCAAGAGUUAUUCCAGCUCGCUUUCUGAGUGACUACUUCAGGAGUGUAGUGCAAGGGAAUCACACCCUCUUCAGGGAAUACAGUUACAUCAGAAAGACACCGCACAACAUCGCAUCCUUCAUUCGAGUAUUUUGGAAAUGUUUCAGACAUAUAGGAAGGAAUGGAGACUUGUUAUCUGCAAAAGAAUAUCAUUCCCUUAUCUGCCUUUUGUGCCCUGAUUUUCCAUUUGAGCCUGUACAGAAGACUGCAAGGAUUAUUUUGUUGGAGGAUGCCAUGGACUGCUUAAUGUCAUUUCCUGAUUUUCUGUACGCUUUCCAGACACAGCUCUUUUACGAGGAGUUUAUAGACAAACUCCAUAGCACCUACCAAGCCCUUGUCUCGGGUACUUACAGACCUGGUCAAAUAGUAGUGGCAUUACCAACACUAACAAGACCAACACAGCACAAGUCUGCUCCGCUGCCACCUCAGGCUGCGGCAGAUGCAGCUCAGGCUAAUUCUGGUGAUGGUGUGGAGGUUCAUUCCUUCCUAGAGGCUAUUCUGCAGAUCAUACAUGCAAGUGGCGGCUCUUUUAGCUGUCCACCAGUAGAUGUCAUUAAGGAUCUCUUAUCAACUGUUGAAAGGGUUACGUUCUAUGGAUUUCUCAUUGGCUUAGCAAAACAUGCUGGAGUUAAUGAUAGUAUUGGUAAGUGGAAAAAAUGCCACAUGAAAANCCCCAGGAAAUUCCAAUCCCCAAUCCCAGCACCUAGACCCAAGUCAGGCAGACCUAAAAGUGGGAUUUCAAACGCUGUCAAGAAGGCCCUUUGA